AUGAACGUUUUAGUCUACAAUGGGCCGGGAACUACACCAGGAUCAGUUAAACAUGCCGUAGAAAGUCUGCGUGACUUUUUGGAACCUUAUUAUGCUGUGAGUACGGUCAAUGUCAAAGUUUUACAGACAGAACCAUGGAUGACGAAAACCUCGGCUGUCGUGUUUCCAGGUGGUGCAGAUCUUCCGUAUGUUCAGGCAUGUCAACCCAUUAUUCCUCGAUUGAAGCAUUUUGUUAGCCAACAAGGUGGUGUAUUCAUCGGAUUUUGUGCAGGAGGUUAUUUCGGUACUAGUCGUGUUGAAUUUGCUCAAGGUGACCCCACAAUGGAAGUUUCUGGAAGUAGGGAUCUACGGUUUUUUCCUGGAACAGGUAGGGGACCAGCGUACAGCGGAUUUCAGUAUAACAGUGAAGCUGGUGCGCGUGCAGUGGGGUUAACUCUUCCUGACGGCUCACAGUUCUCGACGUAUUUCAAUGGAGGAUCUGUUUUCGUUGAUGCAGAUAAGUUUGACAAUGUCGAAGUCUUGGCAACGUAUACAGACCACCCAGAUGUUCCUUCUUCUGAUUCAGGUAAUGGCCAAAGUGAACGCCCAGCUGCUGUAGUACUCUGUAACGUUGGAAAAGGGAAAGUGUUGUUGACCGGCCCUCAUCCUGAGUUCAAUGUUCGUUUCAUGAAGAAAUCAACAGACAAACAUUUCCUUGAGGCUGUCGUUGAGAAGUUGCAAGCCCAAGAAAAUGAUAGAUUAAAGUUUAUGAGAAUGAUUCUUACCAAGACAGGGCUCAACUGUAAUAACGAUUUUGAUUAUGUAAGGGCUCCAAAUUUGACACCAUUGUUUAUUGCAAGUGCCCCUGGUAAACGAAACUUUUUAGAAGAGAUGGAAAGCAAUUUGGUACAUCAUGGUGCGCAUGAAAAUGAUGUUGAACAGUACUCAGAAUUAAGUGCCGAGAGUGAUUCUUUCCACUUUUAUAAAGGUUACACAUCCUCUUACGAUGCGGCUAGUACCUCUUUACUUCAUAAAGAGCCAGACGAGGUUUCUAAGACACUAAUAUUCCCCGGUGAAAAUGAGGAUGUUCCACCAUCCCGGUAUACGCCUAAUUUUGAUAUGUCUGAGUACUUUAGACAUUUGAAUUCGCAAAAUACACUAGGUACUUUACUUCUGUAUGGUGAGGUUGUUACGUCAACAAGUACCGUGUUGAAUAGUAACAAGUCCUUAUUAAAUUCCGUACCCGAAAACACCUUACUUCAUGUAGGCACCAUUCAAGUCUCUGGUCGUGGGAGAGGUGGUAACACUUGGAUCAACCCUAAAGGUGUUUGCGCUUCAACAGCAGUGGUUACCAUGCCACUCCAAUCGCCAGUAACUAAUAGAAAUAUAUCUGUUGUUUUCGUCCAGUAUCUUUCCAUGCUUGCUUAUUGUAAGGCCAUUCUUUCUUACGCACCUGGGUUUUCAGAUAUUCCUGUUAGGAUCAAAUGGCCUAACGAUUUAUACGCCUUAAGUCCCAAUUACUAUAAACGUAAAGGUUUAAAAUUGGUGAAUACUGGUUUUGAUCACACAAAGCUGCCCCUAGGUGAUGUAGAGCCUGCGUACCUCAAAAUAUCAGGUUUGCUUGUUAAUACGCACUUUAUAAACAACAAAUACACUUUGCUAGUUGGUUGUGGUAUAAAUUUAACUAGCGAUGGUCCUACAACUUCUCUACAAUCCUGGAUUGAUAUUUUAAAUGAGGAGCGUCAACAAUUCAAUCUUGAUUUGUUGCCAGCUAUUAAGGCAGAAAAACUACAAGCUCUUUAUAUGAAUAACCUUGAGGUCAUAUUAAAGCAAUUUAUUAAUUAUGGUGCCGCGGAAAUACUGCCAAGUUAUUAUGACCUGUGGUUACACAGUAACCAAAUAGUCACAUUACCGGAUCACGGCAAUACCCAAGCCAUGAUUACUGGUAUUACAGAAGACUACGGGUUAUUGAUUGCAAAUGAAUUAGUAAGCGGUAGUUCCACUCAGUUUUCAGGAAAUGUUUACAAUCUUCAACCUGACGGCAAUACAUUUGAUAUCUUCAAAAGUUUGAUUGCCAAAAAAGUCCAAGCUUAA